AUGUCGAACAUCUCCCAUGAAGCAACAAACUCAACUCCAUUUCGACUAACAUUUAGACACGACGCGGUCCCACCUGUUGAAAUUUAUUUACAAUCGACAAUAAUUCAAUGGCAAGAUGGAAUUUUGUCUGACCAUUAUUGGAAUAUGAUAUUAGAUGAAUUAAUUGAUUUAGAUGAAGAAAUGUUAGAUGUAUUAGACAUGUUAGUAAGACAAAAAGAGCGAGUCGCUAAAGUGUAUAAUAAGAAAGUUAGAGCAAAAACAUUCAUAUCUGGUGACUGCGUUUGGAAAGUAAUUUUGCCUGUAGAUCAAAAGGAUAUAACCUUAGGCAAGUGGUCACCCAAUUGGGAAGGAACAUUUCAAAUUAUUCAGGUCUUUUCAAAUAAUGCCUAUGAGAUUGAAGAAUUAUCACAUGAUCGUCGAAUCUUGAGAGUUAAUGGCAAGUAUCUAAAGAGAUAUAAACCUAUGCUACAAAAAGUUUGA